GGCAGCCGCCUCGAUAUCUGUGCCGUGAUCUCAUCGCGAUCGGCACAUGCGAGAAGGCCAUUGUUGUCGUUGUUUUAGAUCGCGGCUCACGUAUCCACAUGUCAUUGUGCACUCCGACCGGCGACCGCAUUCAGAUCAUCGACUCGGCUCGCGCUUUGCCAACUCCGCCCGCCGGUUCAAUCGCCGGCGGCACGUGGCUUCGAGUCGGAAUUCGAAUCGAGCGUCUCAGCUGAUUCCGGCGGAUUCAAGCAGCGCCGCACCGACACCAUCGCUGAGCGGCACCCCCCAGACGCACGAGAUGUUCUCCCGCGCGUGGUUUGAAUGCCAGGUGGUGAUGGAUGCCGCGUGAUCCGACUGCCGGAGGCUGCGUCUUGCGAUGCGGGGCCACGCAGAGCCGCGGCUCCUCGUCACGUCCACGGGCUGCUGGGGACGUGAGUCCAAGGAGAGGAGAGGGGAGGGGUAGAGGAGGGGACAUCGUGGCCCGGGCAUCGCCGCUAGUGGCUCGGCUCUCGGCUCGGCUCUCGGCUCGAGCGGCAGAGAGAGGGAGGGAGAGAGCAAGCGGCAGCGGCAAUGAUCACAAUGGCCAGCCCCGCAACAUCCCAGCAGCAGCAGCAGCUCGAACUGGCCCUGGAGCUCGACCCUCCAGACUCCCGCAAGCGGCCGCUGGAGACGCCCACCGAGGCGGGCAGCACCAAGAGGAGCAACACGGCCGAGGAAGGCCUGUACUUCCUCAAGAUUCUCAUUCCGAGCUAUGCAGCGGGCUCCAUCAUCGGCAAAGGUGGGCAGACCAUCGUGCAGCUGCAGAAGGACAGUGGCGCCACAAUCAAACUCUCCAAGUCCAAGGACUUCUACCCCGGUACCACGGAGCGAGUGGCGCUCAUCCAGGGCGCCCCGGACUCCCUCAACGGGGUGCACUGCUUCAUCGCCGACAAGAUCCGCGAGAUGCCCACCGCCAGCGGCAAGUCGGAGGCCAUCAGCGUCCUGCAGCCGCAGACGACCGUCAACCCUGACCGCAUGAAGCAGGCAAAGAUCUUGGUCCCAAACAGCACCGCUGGCCUCAUCAUCGGUAAAGGGGGCGCAACGGUGAAGGCCAUCAUGGAGGCAUCUGGCUCCUGGGUGCAGCUCUCUCAAAAGCCAGAGGGCAUCAACCUCCAGGAACGUGUCAUCACGGUCAGCGGUGAGGCCGAGCAAAACCAGAAGGCCAUUGAGCUUAUCCUGCAGAAAAUCCAGGAAGAUCCGCAGAGCAGUAGCUGCCUCAAUAUUUCUUACUGCAACCUGUCGGGUCCCGUCGCCAAUUCAAACCCGACGGGGUCACCGUACGCGAAUUCGGCGGAGAUGCUGCCCGGCUCGGCGAUGGCCGCCGGUCUGCUGGGCCAAACCAAUCUGGCCACGGUGGCCGCCUUCCCCACCCUCGUGUCGGGCUUCAACGGCAACGACCUGGUGGCCAUCUCUUCGGCCCUCAACACACUGGCCAGCUACGGCUACAACCUAAACCCUCUGGGCCUAGGGGUCAGCCCCGCCGGGGCGACCGGCAUGCUCGCUGCGGCGGCCUCGAGCUCCAACCCCGCCGCCGCCGCCGCGGCAAACCUGCUGGCCAGCUACGCCAGCGAGGUGGCCGGGGUGGGGCCCGGCUCCGCGCAUUUUCCCCUGGGGGGGCUUUCCGCGUCCGCCCUCACCAACGGAUAUUUCGCGUCAUCGCCCCUGACGGCGGGCGCCAUUCUCACCGCGGAGAAAUCGUCGGAGGCGAACAAGGACAUGAUCGAGAUCGCCGUCCCCGAGAAUCUGGUCGGUGCCAUCCUCGGCAAAGGCGGAAAGACGCUCGUGGAAUACCAAGAACUGACGGGGGCGCGCAUCCAGAUCUCCAAGAAGGGAGAGUUUAUCCCUGGGACGCGUAACCGGAAGGUGACCAUCACGGGGACAACCGCCUCGACGCAUGCCGCUCAGUAUCUCAUCACGCAGCGCAUCACGUACGAGCAAGGCGUCCGGGCUAGCAACCCGCAGAAAAUUGGUUAGGCCCGCCUGCUAUUCUUGUGACCAACAAGUUAAUGCAACGGUAAAAAAAAAAACCUUGACUGAUCCAGUUUGGGGGGGAGGGGGUGGGGGGGGGAGAGGUAGUAGAUGGGGGAGGAAGGUUUCUGUUCAAAUUAACAGAUACUGCUCAAUAAUUAAUUUCAUCAUCAGUUUCAUCUUUGAGAUACAUUUUACUUCAUCGUUUGUGAAUGUUUAUUUUUGUUUGGCAUAUUCAUAUAUUUCUGCUGACCUCAAAAGUGUUACUUUUCACAAUUUUAAUUUUGAAACUGCGUUGAUUAAGACUUACUUGGUCGUAUCAGCGAUUACACUUUAUAACCGAAAAAAUAUAUAUUUGCCUAAAUAUGACAAAUGUCAAAUGCGUGCAGUCGCUGUUGUAUUUAGAAUUAUGUUGUGAGCCAAGUUACUUUAAGCAUCAGGAUACAAUUAGUCCCCAUUUCUGUGACAAUCACGUGACACACCUGCUCCGUAAAAGCGCUGUAAAUACUGGCGGUGAUGAAACAAGCCCCCAUUUAUGGCUGAAGGGCUCACGCCACUGAAUGUCAAUCAAGUUGAAUGUUACAUUUGUAGAAAUGCGAUUUCCUUCCUUUUUAUGUUUUGUCAUUCCUUGUUUUUAAUAUUGUGUACAAAAUAAUUAAAUUAAUUUGUAAAAAAAAAAGAACAAAUUUGAUUCUUACUUUAAACUACACAUUUAUUAUCGCAGUUACAUGUUUGUAUUUCUUUAUAAGAAAAAAAGGUUACUUUCUGAUUAACGGUGUCUAAAUAGCGUUAAACGAGCAAUGCAUUUCAACUUCAGGAAUUAUUUAAAUUCACGCGACUCCUUAAUUGUAAUGUUGCAAUUAUGCUUUACCCUUGGGAAAACCCGAAAUGACGGCCACUCUCCGCCACAUUCACACCUAGCCACGUGGCCUCACAUACCCCAAUUCGCACAUUCAUAGCCUUCUGCUCUGCAAUGUAUAGAAAAUAUAAAAAGUUUCACACAAGAUUUUAUAUUUAAAAUUAAAAAAAAAAACGCAGGGUCGUGCAUUAAAUGAGGAAAGCCAAAAAAGUGAUCAAAUCUCUAUGCUUAACCGAGCAAUGGGGGCAGUAUUCAUUUCCAUUGGAUGGCCGAGCUAGAGCUGUAAAUUCCACAUUCCCAUGGAGGGUUCUCAUUUCCUCCAAAGGACAACUGUUGCUGUACAAAAGAGUGGUGCUCAAACAUUACCGCAUUAAUAUUAACGCCAAACUAAUCCAUGGGUCACUCAUUUUACUGGUGCAUGCAAACAUUGCAUUCGAUGUCUGGUUAUAUAUGUUAGAUUAAUUAUCAAACCACAGUGUACUGGAAACAUUCAGGGUACCCAUUGUUUUGGCUGGGAAUACACCAGAAGCGAGCGUGUAAUAUAAAUUGUGCAGAGUAAGCUCCAACAAAUACAAUUCGAUUUUUAAAGGAUAAAUGAUCGGUGUGAAUAAUAAUCCACGUAUGAUUUUUCUUUCUCCAAGAGCCCAAAGUCUCCCCAGUUCCGUGGAGUUUAGUUUUUUUGUUAAAAGUGCCGGAUAAUAUACCGUUAUCAAUCAUAAGUCAAUUGAUGGAAAAUCCGACUCUCAUUACUCAUUCGUCUCCACCAAGCUGCUUCAGCCAUGUUAACCUACUCAUCACCAGGCUUUUUCUCAUGCAAAUGUCACAUCUAUACACACAUCAUCAUCAUGUGUCAUUUGUCAAACACUGGUGUUUAAUGCGACUCAUAGAUACUUAUUGAUGUACUUUAAAACCCAUAAACGUGGGUAAACUAUAAUGUGAUUUCUCAACCAAAAGUUAUUGGUCAGUUUCCGUUGUCAUUUUACAUGUUUUAACGUGAAUGGUUUUACGCUAGCAGUUGUUGGUGGCUAUAAACACGGUUUUGUUAUCGUAAUACAGUAUUGUGUAUGUAAAUGUUCUAGAUUACGUGACACGAAUCAGGAAAUGCUAACUGCAGAACAAAGUAUUUAUCCUAUAGUUAAUUGCAGGUGCCAAAAUAAAAAUGGAAGUGCCCAAGCUUCCGGUCGCCGCAAAAAAAAGAAAUGCUCGGCUGCAACGAAGUGCAUUAUGGGAUACGGAAACGAUGCACAGCAUGUGCAGCGCCAGAUACGGUAGCUUUAUAAAGUCCGAUUACAAUGUAUGCCGUUACCGGAGCAACCUGUUAAACCAACUUGAGAAGUGCGGAUGUAAUGUUCCCUAUAAUGCCUAACGUAAGAACUACUUGUACAUAAUAAAAUGACGGUGACAUUUUGAUAAGGCAUAUUAAUAUUUAACGAAUAUACUGAGAAAUAAAUGUAUCCUUGUGAUGCAGUAAAAACGGCUUCUAGGAGAUAUUUAAGGCCAUCAGCACCAAUACUUUUCACUUUCCAGUUCCCCACUACUGGAUUACGGGUUGAUUGAAGGGCUUAAUACAUGUGACAAAAAAUCAUACAGACAAAAAAACGAAUUAAAUGUCAGCCGCACUGUAUUUAUAUUUGUACAUGAACAACACAUUACACUGCAAAAUAAGAGUUUAUCUUCGAAGACCAUCAGGCACAGUUUAAUGCUCAUUUUGCACACACACACUUCUUAUGAGCACAUUAAUUGUUCAGACAAUAAGUUUUGCACAAUUACAGAAAAUUUACGAAAAUGCACCGAGGUGCCUAAAACAGUAUUGUUGUUCUUGUCGAACCUAGAACCACUAAAACUGCCAUGAUGAGGUCUUGCCGUGGCUCUUGGGGGCUUACACUGAAUCCAAACACUAAGCAAUGAUCACCUAAAGUCUGAGCUUCAAUCUGGGCCACCAGCCAUAAUUAAAACUGGGUUCUCAAACGUACAUUUGGACAAGGCUUAAUUCGCUGUUUUCCAGCAUUGAAGGCUUAAAAUCAUUUUUGUUUGGCAGGCAACAAUUAUCACUUCAACAGGGCAUGUGUGAAAGGGCAAUGCCCCAAUUGAAGGGACAUGAUUAGUAGUUAUGUGAUGCCCCCCACCCUUCCAGAGGCUGUUCUCUAACACAGUGACGCACUGCUUUUUACUCGAGUUCUGAAUGGAACAAUGUUCAUGCCGUAACAUAUCACCGAUGGCACAGCUGAUCAUCGCACGAUAUGAAUAUAAUCCAGGCUUAAGACACAAAAACGUGCACCAUCCACAUGUAUGAUAAAAGCCUGACCUUGUAAUGGUUAUUAAUUGCAUUUUAAAAGCUUGCCCUGCUUGGGCAAGAAGGGCUUAUUAACAAAGGGGAGUUAUAACAAUGGGCAAAGUCAGAACAAUGACAUCAUGCACUACAGGUGUGCAAGGACCUGGAAACUCCUAUCUCGUGCACAUUACUCCGGCCUCUCGUGCCUCAUCAGAAAUUACUCGGAAACCUCCUUUGGCCUUCAUCGUGGAAAUAUCUCUGCCUCUCUUUGCAGGUGCCCAGAGCAGGCAUUCAUAGCCUCGCUCCCUUAUGCCAUCAAUCACCUGCGCGGCAUGGUCUCUUCGACAAAACGAAUCAGGAUGCCAUUCUUCUCGCGAGCGAAAAAUCGCUUGGAGAUUUCAUAAGGGGUGCCGCGUUUUUAAAUUGAAUACAAAAAAAACAAUGCUGCUUAUCAAGAGAACACCAAUUUUUGUUUUAUCACCAUCGACCAUUUCUGAAACUUUCUUCACAUACUCCUGCCCAUCACCACAGAAUAAAUGAAAAACACUGAAUAAACUUAAACUAUUCACGUAUUCAUUCGUGUUCGAGCUGCACAGGACGAGGACUUAAUGAGGCAUAGUUAUUGCCUUGAUUCAACUUAACAAAGUUGUGGCUCUUCUCUGGUUAAAAAAUAAUAAUGCCACACAAGCCACCAACCAGCUAGACAAAUCACAAUGCAUUUUGAUUUCACUGUCACAGAAAUUGUCGGUUACAUAAUUACAGUUCUUAAAUAAUAAUAAAAACUUAGAUUUUUAUACCACAUGUAAAAAGCCCUUUGUUGCAAAACUCAAGAUGUGCCAAACUGCGAUGUGCCAAUGAAUAUUGUGAGUGUUUCCAUGAUAUGUAACACAUAUUUGGCUGCCAUUUAAUUAGCCAUUGCAUAUUUGAAAAAAAUUAUUGGGUUAAUCCAAUGACAGUAUCGUAUGCAUGCUUACUUUUUUCUGCUCCUGCAUCCUUCACGUGCGUGGGAUUUUUUUUAUUCUUUUGAUCACUGCCAACCCAACUGAAGGCACAUUAAGUUCCACUGUAUGCAUGCUAACGUGAUGUACGUAGCGCUGUAGUUUAUGUCAGUCGACGGGGGGCAACAACAACAACACAAAACCACUGAGCGCGCACAACCCGUUAAAACGCCAAGGUUACUUUCCGGUGGCACAACGUGGCCGUGGCCACAAAAGGCCACCGUGGUGCACAGCCGCUCGUUCUCUCGAUCCGUGAACUCUGCGCUGACCCUGCACAAAGAUUCAUUUCAGGAGGCGCCGUGCGUACGCUUUCGCAUCGGCGUUGCCGAGGGCAUUUCAAGCCGUCCCAGCCCAGGGCUAUGUCCCCCCCCCCACUUCCGCAAACCACCUAACGCGCAGUCCAUGCUGGCACCGCAGAGGGCAUUGCUUCUCUCGUCCAACGAUUGUGCCACUUAGGUCAACGGUAGCGCCUGGAGAGGAUUGACAACAAAAAUGCGUGUGUGUGUUAUGUACGUUUAAUUUCACUGUUAAUUCUUGAUGUUAUUGUUAUUUGGCCACGCAAAUGUAAUUUGUUUCUGGGAAUGAUCAGUGUUAACAAAAAAAAGAAAUACAUGACAAACGUGUGAAGUCAUUUUACUGUUAUAAAUGUGCUUUAAUCAUCACCUGCA